GGGCGGCGGCGGAAGGGGCAGGGUGGGCGCAAUGGCGGGCCGGCGGGGAGCGCUGAUCGUGCUGGAGGGGGUGGACCGGGCCGGGAAGAGCACCCAGAGCCGGCGGCUGGUCGAGGCCCUGCGGGCACAGGGGCACCGCGCCGACCUCCUCCGCUUCCCGGAGCGAACCACGGAGAUCGGGCAGCUGAUCAGCUCCUACCUGCUGAAGGAGAAGAACCUGGAGGAUCACACCGUUCACCUGCUCUUCUCCGCCAACCGCUGGGAACACGUACCGUUGAUGAAAGAGAAACUGCAUCAAGGGAUCACGCUUGUGGUUGACAGAUAUGCCUUUUCUGGAGUGGCCUUCACGAGCGCCAAGGAGAACUUCUGCCUGGACUGGUGCAAACAGCCCGACGUUGGACUCCCAAAGCCGGAUCUGAUCCUGUUUCUUCAGCUGAGCCCGGAAGAAGCAGCGGAACGAGGGAACUUUGGAAAUGAACGUUACGAGAACAGCUCCUUCCAAGAGAAAGUCCUGCAGUCCUACUACCAUCUGAUGAAGGACAAGACGUUAAACUGGAAGACCAUGAAUGCUUCCAAGGGCAUUGAAGACUUGCACAGAGAAAUCAAGUCCAUCGCGGAGGAAACCAUGCGUGAGGUUCAGAAUAAACCUUUGGGAGAACUCUGGAAAUAAAACUUUAUACAAGUUAUUCUUUUCGACUGAAGGCAAAACUCACCAUUUGGAUCUUCCCCGCUUGGAUAACGACAUCACCCGCCAGGAACUACCGCGUACACCCCAUGUAUUCUGGACCACCAUAGUGCGGAUAUCCUCGUGGUUUUAUCUGCUCUUCCCUUCUGGCCUGUGUAGUUCUUGCUGUAUUUUAUAAGUGAAAAUGCGACAAGCACGUAACAAAUUCCUCAUUCAAACCCUCCCUACGCCAUGAGGAGCUGUUGUUCCAGCCCCAGUCCUGUCGCACAGGUGUGCGGGAGCCCAGGGUGCAGCAGCAACAGAAUUCCCUGUUCUGGGGAAUUGCCUCUCUAGUCCCCGGUGCUGAAACCAGUUUGUAGAAGGCUUGCUAAUAAAUUACUAUUUUUAACAUUUUGCACAGGGCA